GAACGCAUGUCACGAGAUCUUAGCAUAACGGCGCUGCAUCUAAGACCCUUAUCGUUUCAGAGCCAAGAUUUGAAGUUCAGCCAGUGUCAAAAGUUCAUCAAAGGGAGCUGAACAUAAACACUGUAUUAGUCUAGAGUCAGAGCGCAAUGGGUCGUUUGAUCCGGACAUCCAGGGAUUUCAGGAAGUUCAUCAGCACCGGCUCUUCAUAUAACAGAACUUGUAGCGACUCUAACCUCGUUGGUGCAGGCAUAUGCACCUGUACUGGUUGGCUCAUGGUUCUCAAUGGGCCUGUACGGGCUUACAACAACGCAGGCAUAUCUGUAUUGGUUCAACUAUCCAAAAGAUAGCUGGUGGACCAAGUUACUGGUCUUAUUUCUCUGGGUGCUGAACACAGCACACACCGUUGGCGUGUGUCACAAUUGUUAUUAUCACCUAAUAACAGCGAUGUUCAAUCUCGAAAUGUUAUUGCGUAAUGUAUGGUCAUUAGGCAUGACAGUAGUUAUCUGGAUCAUCGUAUUUGCCACUGUGAUGUCGUAUUACAUCAAGAUGAUCUUCCAACUGAGCAGCGCCCGAUUCCGUUGGUGGUUGACAGGGGCCAUGACAAUCCCCUUUGUGCUUGCUCUCGGUUUUGGACUAGACGCUGCUGUGCGCAUGUUCUUGGCGGCGAAUGUCGAGGUUCUACUACAAUUCAGUCAAAACACAAUCCUACCUGCCUUCAUAAUGCUUGUGAUUACAGACAGUUUUGUCACAGGUUUCUUAUGUAUUCUUUUAUACCGCAAGCGAACAGAAUUCAAGCGGACACGUCACAUCGUCAACACCUUAAUAAUUUAUGCUGCCAGUAGGGGUUUGGUGUCAACAGCAACGUCUCUUACGAUGGCCCUUGUGCUCGCUAUCCGCCCCAGCACUAUAUGGUACUCUGCUGCCGAAUUUGCUAUAGUCGGGAUUUAUACGAACUCUCUCAUGACAAUGUUAAACACCCGGCGCACCGUAUACGAAGUUGCGGACACUGGAAGGUCGCCUGCAGACAGUAUGAACAAGGAAUCCCACUUUGGCUUAACUGGCCGCCGGAGAAAUCAGAAUGGAGUAUCCAUUGCCAACAAGGCGCCAAAUGUUGAGUUUAUUGAACUUGGUGAGAGAGGGACUAACUACAAAGAUGUUAAUCAGCACGAAGAAGACAAACCAGCGGUAUGAAAGAACCCUGCGUAAUUUCUUAGCUUUCAAGACCAUAUUAUAUAGUGGUUCCUACUGAAUCUUGUAUCUGUAUUCUAUGUUCAUUCAACAUUAUGCUAUGCUUAUAUUUUGACUU